AUGGGAAAUUUCCUUUCGAACUGUCGUCCCUCUCCACGCCACCGUCCCCCACCUGGCCCUCGCCCGCUGGUGUCCCCCGCCCGCGAUGCUGCCCCUCCUGGCCGGGCCCACCCCGCUGCCCUGGCGCCUGCCCUCCGCCCUGGUCGCAGGCUGUUCCACCACAAGCCUAUACCAGCUGGCUUUCUCAUGGCACCCAGGAAGCGGUAUCCAAUCCAGCAGGCCACCUGCUACCCCCUGGGGAUCCUCCCUGUGGUGCACUGGAGGGACCCUCCGAAGAAGCCCGUGCUGUCCUCACAGAAUUCUAGGAUGGUCGGGCCCUCCAGAGGCGUCAGGAUCCCUCCUCUAAGACGCACACGCACUGGCCUGCCUGCGCCACCGGAGCAGGCAGUCAAGGCUGGGAGCAUCCCAGGCUCAGUGACGCCCGGGAAGGAGGUGCAGGGUGAGAAGCCUUCAGAUGUCCCCUCAAGGAGCUCCCCUCCACCAGUCUCUCCCAGCAAGAGGCCCUGCAAACGGAAACUCGCCAUGCCACUCUUGCUGCCCCUGCCGCCACCACUGCUGCCGCCACUACCGCUGCCACUGCGACUGCUCUGGGGCCGAGGGGAGCUGCCCCCACCUCCCAAGCUUCCUUGCAUAGCUGUUGCCAAAAAGCCGGAGACCUUGGAGAAGAACACUGAGUGUCAGCAGAACGAGAGCUUGGAGGACCCAACAGAGGUCGUGGCCGAAUGCAGUGCCACUCAGCCCGCCCCUUCCUUCUCCCCACCUGCCUCGGAGUCGGCAGACCCCCUGCCCCUGGGCGCUCACACUGUGCAGGCCCCUGCUCCUCUCACCAGCGUGGCUGACCGCUCUGCCGGAACUCAGAUCCUGUCUGUCCCUCCACCCUCCCUGACCCCAAAUAUUGAUCAGGAAACAAGACACAGUGUCCCGAACUCUCGUCCUGCUGUUCCUGCUGGUUCUCUUCCUCCUUUUAGAUCCAGUGCCUUUGUGGGAAUUCCAUUUAAUGGUAACGGAGGCCCUCUUCAUUCAGUCAUCGUUAUGGCAUUUCCUACUUCUGGCCUCCACUCACCUCCCAGCACCUCAACCUUCUCCUUCCAAGCGCCCUCCUGCCAGAAAGAAGCUCGGACACCCAGGUGUGCAGCUUCUCCCCCUCCUUUCCUCUCACCCAGCCCUCUUCCACUCUCUUCCACCAACACUCCUGUCUCCACCCGCCAGCUCCCCCCUUCUGUGGCAGUCCCCUCCACAGUCACAGCCACAGCCUCUGCAGGUCCGACCUCCCAGGCUACUUCAGAUCCUGGUGUCGUUGACAUGGACACCACUCCCCCUUCCCAGGCUGUCAUUUUCAGGUCUCCCACAGGCUCUGCAAACCUCAAGCCUGCCCUUGACGCUGAAGCUAUGGACACCACGCCUCCUUCCAAGGCUGCCAUCUUCCAGUCCCCCACAUCUCCACCGAGAACCGCUUCCCAUCUUCCAUGA